AUGUCUUUACUAAGUACAAGUAAUUACCAUCAGGUCCCUGUCGAAGCAAGCAUGAUUAUACUUUGUAUUUUCAACUUGAGCAAAGCUUAAACCAACCCACAUUUGAGUUAGGCCUGAGCUGCCUUGGAUUGUUCCACGAUUGCUCCACCUUCCACUCCACGGUAAAAGUAUUCUAGAAAAACUUCCGCAGUCAGUAUAUCUGGAGAAAUCGCUCUCGUCACAGGAGGCUGUGGCCAAGCUGGAUACUUCGUGGUCAAAGCAUUACUCUCCGAUGAAACCUAUUCCUCAGUUCAUGUCUUCUCUCGAAAUCCCACUCACAGCCUGCAACCCAAUGUCCAAUACCAUGCCGGUAGUAUCACCUCAGAGAGCGACAUUGCAACUGUCAUCUCCCAAGUCAAGCCAACCGUGAUCUUCCACUGCGCAUCUCCAAUAACCACAGGAAGUGCUAAAGCCUCAGACUUUCACUCCGUCAACAUCACAGGAACAAACAUCCUGCUCAGUCUCGCCACCAAAAGUGAAUAUACCAAAGUAUUGGUCUACACUUCCUCUAUAACCGUGGUUCAGAAGCCCUACAAUCUUGCCCAAGAGACCCAGCCUUAUUUCCACCUCAGCCAAGACGCAAGAAAAGAAUUCAAAUCUCAACCAUAUCCCUUCACAAAAUCAGUCGCCGACGCUACGGUCCUAGAAGCCAACUCCAAGUCGUUAAAAACAUGUUGUUUACGUCUCUCAACCAUCCUGGGAACACAUGACCAACAAACCAUCCCUCCAAUCCUCAACGCCACAAAAGGCAAAGUUGGUUUUCGAAACUUCCAAAUCGGACCCAACAUCACAAAAGUCGAUAUCCUCUCCACCCGCAACUCCGCAAAAGCCCAUCUCCUAGCCGCCGCAGCUCUUCCCAAGAACAAACCAGGCGUAGCAGGCGAAUUAUUCUUCAUCACCGACGGGCAACCCGUUCGGUUUUGGGAUUUCGUCCACGAUGUUUACAGACUUGCGGAUCCUAAGAAUUGUCCGAGACCAGAGGAUAUUUGGAUUGUUCCGACGUGGUUGGUUAUCUUCUUGAUUUCACUUGGAGAGUGGGUGUUCUUAAUAUUUACGUUUGGGUAUCUUAGUCCGCCAGGUUUGAAGCCGUAUCAAAUUAGGUAUCUUACUGAGGAGGCGACUUUUUCAAUUGAGAAGGCGAGGGAGAGAUUAGGGUAUGAACCUGACGAUGAUAGGGAGACAAGGAUGAAGGAAGCAGUCGAAUGGGGCUUGAAUGAGAUGGAUAUGAAGAGGGAGCUGGUACGGAAAAAAGAAUGA